UCCCACGCGUUCAAGCUGUAGCUUGUCAUUUACCUGGACGACGAUCGUACGGGAUUUAUUGGUUUCUUAAAACAAGAACGGGACAGGCAACUUUGUUCUGUGUGAACUGAAUGUGACCGGGAGCACAACGGACCGGCCUCGAACAUUCUUUUUGUCUUCGCUCAGGACACUAAUGUGAAAGAGACCGCCAGAAUGGAGAAUAUCUCUUGUCCAACGGAAGUGCCAUUAGCUCUCGAUUGCCUAAAGAGUCUGGACACAUUCGGGAUUCUUUUGCGUUCAGGACUCACUCUGAUGGCAUUUAUCUCCUUGGUGGUCUACACAGAAGAAGUGGUGUACUUCUUCAAGAAAUUUCCAAAUCCAAAAAAGACAUCAAUUAUAUGGGUGACUGGAGCUGCUCCAGUCAUUGGAGCCGUUGCGUGCAUUGGCAUGUGGAUUCCCCGUUCCACCUUGAUUACAGAUUUAACAUCUGCCUCGUACUUUGCAAUUGUAAUCCACAAGUUCCUGAUAAUGAUGAUCGAAGAGUGUGGAGGCGAUGACGAAUUCUUGGAGCGCUGUGGAAGUGAUCCGCUAAAGAUCAGCACUGGACCCUGCUGCUGUUGCUGUCCCUGCUUGCCUUAUCCUAGAAUAACAAGGCGGACACUCUUUUGGCUGAAGCUGGGAACUUUUCAAUUUGCACUCUUACGUCUGGUCUUCACUUUCCUUUCAAUCGUCUUGUGGACCAAUGGCAACUUUGAUGCUUAUGAUCUCUCGAUAACUUGCGCUACAAUCUGGAUAAAUCCUUUUGUGGGGAUACUUACAAUCAUUGCACUCUGGCCAGUAGGCAUUAUGUUUAAACAUCUUGCACCAGUACUGAAAAGUAAAAAUAUUAUUGCAAAAUAUGCACUGCAUCAGUCUAUUCUCAUUUUAAGUCAACUCCAAGCUUCUAUCAUUAACAUUCUGGCAAUGAAUGGAGUCAUCGCCUGUUCACCACCAUUUUCCUCAAAUGCCAGAGGAACAGCCAUGAACCAGCAACUCCUCAUCAUUGAAAUGUUCAUAAUCACGUUGACAUCACGAGCCUUCUACCGGAGGAGAUAUGAAGAACUAAACUCUGUUGACCAGCAUGAAGAAGACAACCAAGGAAAUGCCAAGAUUCAACUAAAUGGACCUCCUUUGGAUGGACAGGAUUAUGCUUAAUGUGUGCAAGCUUCUGUAAAACUGUACCAUUUAGUGGAAUUUUCCCUGAAGGGAGGUCACUGGAAAGAGCGAUCUGUGAGAGGAGAAUACCAAAGCAGAGGCAAUUUUUGGGAAAACCCAAGAAGAUAUAUUUUACUAAUCAUACAGUACAAUACAUUUUAUAUUUUAACUAAAAAAAGAAUUGCUGUGACUUUUGAGGACCAUUUAUUUCAGUUUAUUAUUAUUUUUUACUUACUUUGGUUGCCUUUCUUGCAUUUCAUUUUCUACCACCAGAAGAGCACUUGGUUAAGAAUAUCUUCUUUCCUUCAUGGCACUGAAAGUAAGGCAGCUGUGGAAAAAUGUGGGGCGCAAUCACUCUUCUCUCCGUAUCAUGCUGUGGAAACCUGGGAAAUUUUUUUUAUUUUUUUAUAAAAACCUUCCUUCAUAUUUAUCGAUAUGCUAUCAGACCAAAGUUCCUGACUAGAAAGGAGUAUGUGUCUGUUUUUGUAUUGUGCCUUACUGGUCAGUUUGUAAAUUGAGUCAUUCUCUUUCCUGUAAAUUAAGUAACUGCUUCAUUAAGUAAUUAAAACUGUUUAGAAUUUUUUUGAUGAAAAAUACAUAAGAAUUUAAGAGUGCGGGGAUUGGGACAAUAUUUAAACUCGAGUGUCAGAGCCAUGAAGGAAUAUUUUGGACAGAAUUAAAUAAACAAAUAUACAAAUAAAGUACUAUUAAAGUGACAAUAAAUGAAAAAGAGCAUGAAAUGUGAGCGUCAAUUAAUAAAUGUGUCACGGAAUGUUCUUUGUGGUUUUUUUAAUUUAUUUAAUACUGUCCAUAAUAUUUUUCCAGAGUCGACACGAAAUAUGGCUUGAAUUUAAAAUUGUCAUUUUCACUCAUUAAAGCUGAGAGGGUGGCUCUAGUGACUGCGGUUUUUUGAUUGGUGAAUCGUCGGCAGAGUGGAUGUACGUGCUUCACUUGACUCAUGUUGUGACUGUGCGUGUCGACUACCCCCAGAAUUACUGUGCAAAGUGGCUACUUUAAUUCUAAGAACUCUAAAUUCGUCAUUAGGAGACAGCGUCUGAAGUGUAAAUGAGGCAUUUUACAGCCAAAUAUUUAAGUCCAGAGUACCAGUGAUUCACCAGAUAAAAGCCAAAACGUGCUAGAGCCUGCCCUCUUUACUUUGAUGAGUGAAUGUGACGCUUUUAAAUUCAAGGAGCAAUUCAUUGCAUUUGGAGGAACAAUACGGACAAAAUUAAAUAAAUAAAUAAGCAAAGCACUUUCUCUUAUUGUAACAUUUCACAGUACUUUUAUUUAUUUAAUUUUGUCCAAAAUAUUCCUCCAUACAAAUGUAUACAAUGAAGUGGAAUACAAUGAACAUUACUCAAAAACACACCAGGACAAGAUUAGAGAACACCUUUCAUUAAUUUAUUAGGUCUUGAGAAUCACUGUAUGUGGGUUUUCCACUUCAUUCUUUUUGUAGCAUAAGAACAUACGAAAUUUUGCAAAUGACAGGAGUGGUUCAUCAAUCUCAUUGAUUUAGCUACUAAAGAAAAGUAUCAUAUAGACUCAUUGUCGGUUCAUGUUUCUUGCGUUGCUCCAUCAAACUUAACAAGCUCCACUUUUCCAUCAACCUCACUGAUAACCCAACAAAAAUGGCCUCCGCUUAUAUGUUAGCUGUUCCAUUGUACCAAGAUGACAUCUACCAAAGUACAAAUUGUGAUCUUCUUACUUUUAUUCAUUCACUCCUUGAUUCAAUUAAGUUGAUCCUAACUCUUUAAACGAAAUGAAUGUUGCAUCUUUCUGAAACAUACUUUAACUCAACUUAUUGUGAGUGGUGUUUUUCUUAAAUGUGUAACUUGAACUCUAGCACCAUUCAUUGCCAUAAUCUAUUUAAUCACGUGCUAGGCUGAUAUGACUGUAACUUGGCAGACAACUGAUGUGCAGCUCACCCAAGAUGAGCAGCCCAAACCAACAAUUCAGAUGAUCUGUCUUAGUUUACGACCAUACCCUCACCCAUUCAUCUGUUGUCUGGCCAGCUUAGCCCUGUUGAGAGCCCGAGCCCAAACUAGAAGCAUCACCAACUCGCCUGAAACCAACUCCUCUCAGUGUCAUUCUUGUUUACUUUGUAUUUAUUUUUGUAUUGUUUGAUAUUCAGAUUUUUAUCUUGUUAUCUUAAAUGUAUCACCAUUUCUUUUUAAUAUUUUCUGUUUAUAUGGAUUUAUUUGAUGGACCUGCUCAGUUUGAGGCUUUCAUACUUUCAUUUUCUGAUCAUUUUUAUUCCAGUACUUUCAAAAUGUCCUUAAGAACAGUGAAUUUUACAACAAUGCUGGACUUUUGUGAAUUUCCCCUUGGGAUUAAUAAAAUAUCUAUCUAUCUUUUUUAUUCAGAUGAAUAUGUUGUUACAGGGGUGCCUGAAUAGGUGUUUGUAAAGAGCGUAUUUGAAUUUUAGUUCUUUUUUAUCUUCUCACUGGUGAGAAAGGAGGCAUUUUAAUUUUUGUGUAUCAAUAUUUACCUUUAUUUUGCAAAGUAUUAUUGAAUAAAAUUGAACAAAGAGAAUUUA